AACAGAGCUUGCUGUCUACAGCCAAGAUGGCAAAGCUGUGGCACCUCCUGCUCCUGUGCUGGACGUCUAGUCCUCUGUGUCUUACGUGGAAUUCAAGCUUCAUGGGGACGCCGCAGCAGUGUAAACAGGCUCACUUUGUCCCUGGUUACAACCUCGGUGGAGAAGGCUUCGACAUCGUCACCAUGGAGAGGAAAGGCGCCUAUGUCAUCGACACCGAAACCUGGGAUCUCGGCAAUGGCACCUGCAGGCUGUACUCAAACAGCUACAUGAACAGAGAGAAGCAGAAGGUCCCGGUCGCUGUGGUGGACUGGAGAAACCUCCCCAAAUGCAGCCUGAAGGUCUCGAGCAUCCAGUACGAUUCUGCCGAAAGUCUUGUCAACGAUUCCACGUCGUCUGUGUCCAAUGACUGGUCGGUCGGCCUCGACAUCCCUGUAAGCCCGUCUGUCAACGUAGGGGUUGGUUUUGGGGGUUCCCACUCCAGAGCAUCGCAAUUUGCCAUGAAUAAGUCAAAAAAAGACCGCUACAACUUUUUUCGCCAUUCCAUCCACUGCAAAUUCUACGGCUAUAGACUGGCGACAAAUCCUCCUUUGAGUCAUGAAUUUGAACUAGCUGUGAACUCUCUUCCCCCCUACACCUCUAAAACUGGGGUCGCAUACCGUAACCUGAUUGACACUUAUGGUACACAUUACAUCACACAAGUGUCUCUCGGAGGAGAAAUAAAAGCGCUCACUUCUGUCAAGACCUGUGAGGCAACCAUGAGUGGACUGACGGCGACGGAGGUCAGCGACUGUCUGUCAGUGGAGGCCUCGGCCAGCUUUGCACAGACUGCAAGUAUUAAAGCCAUGACGAAGCACUGUGAGGCAGACAAGAAGAAGCUGGGUUCUGGUCAAAGUUUCAGCAGCACAUUUAAUGAGCGCGAGACAGAGGUGACUGGAGGAAACAUUGACGGUGUGGACAUCCUCUUUCAAGGCCAGUCGAACCCCUCUGUCUACAACAGCUGGCUCAGCUCGCUGAAAACCACGCCCGACAUCGUCCAGUACAACCUAAAGCCCCUGCACAUCAUCCUGCCAAGUGGCCAUCCUGCCAGCGCCGGACUGAAGCGAGAGGUGGAGCAGUACAUCAAGAAAAAUGCAGUGGUGAAAAAAUGUGCUGAAUCCUGUUCGAUCGGGCACAGAUCCAGCAAGAGGGAUCCUUGUGCUUGUGUCUGCAACGGUAACCAGAACAUCAGGUCAAACUGCUGCCCUGCUGAGAAAGGUCUCGCAACACUCAAAGUAUUCAAGCUUUAUGCUCGAGGUCUGUAUGGUGACAAGUGGAGCAGGACGGACGGUUCAGUGGAGGUUAAAUAUGAAGCUAAGAUAAAGCGCACGGCCAUCAUUAGUAACAACGACAACCCUAAAUGGUCAGAAAGGUUUGAGUUUGGACCGAUCAAGAUGAACAUGGUGAACAAACUUACGUUCAACGUUUAUGAUGAAGACACCCGCUGGAACAGCGAUCUGCUGGGUAGCUGUUCAUUUGAUCUGCGCAGUGGGAAGGUGACAGACAGCUGCAUGUUUAAACAUGGCACCUUCUUCUUUUCCUAUGUAGUCGAGUGUGCGCCAAGUCUUAGUGGUGGCCAGUGUCAGGAGUACGCUUCCUCGCCCAUGAGUCCGGCUUUGGCUGAGAUCUUCCACACCAGAAACGGGAUCCUUGCUGAAAAGCUGAGGAUGAAUUAUUCUGCAUCAGUCCGUCAGUCAGGUUGAGGAGAGCUGGUGUUGACUUGAGAUGAGGCAAGAAGAGGAUCAGGAUAUUUUUUUGCUUGUAGUUUGUAGAAUUCUUUCUUUAAAUAAUCACAUACAUGUUCAUGAAUUCAUAAAUGUAAUCUUUUUAAUGCUUCUUUUCUGUUUAUUAUAAUAUCUAGCAAUAAAGCAUCCACAAAGACAA